GUUUCCUUGGCGGUGGCCGUGGCCGUGGCGGUGGCGGUGGCUGCGGGCGGAGUCGCCUGUGGUCCGAGCGCCUGCACUGAGCGCUUGCUCUGAGUAUUUUGCUGCCAACACUGAAUACACUUCCAUGGACUCUCCAGACCCUGAAAGACUGCUACAAUGUCCUUAUGUUAAAAGUCACCACAUCAGGGCCUGCAGGUUUCCUUAUCACCUUAUCAAGUGCAAAAAGAAUCAUCCUGAUGUUGCAAAAAAUUUGGCUACAUGUCCAUUCAAUGCUCGUCACCUGGUUCCAAGGGCUGAACUGAGUCAUCAUAUCUCAAUAUGUGAUGACAGGUGUUGUAUAGAGCAGGAUGAGGUCAACCCAACCAGGAACCCUGGACAAGACACUCUGCCCAAGAACACAUGGCAGUACCCUCCUUGUGAUGAAGACUGGGAUCUAGAAUUGGCUGAAGAGAAUAACAGCACCCCAUUUAUCUGGGGCACAACCAGGUUCUGUGAGAAUAAAUGUCCUGUAAGCAACGCAGCUAUGGAACCUAAAAGUAAUCUGGCUUCAGGCAAGCAAGUUCCAAAGACUCUGCCAUGGAAAACAGUGGAUAUGGACAGUAACUGAACAUCUUUCACAAAUGCCAGAAUCUAGAAGAAUCUUUCUUAUUCCUGCUGUCCAAGAGUUCUUAUAUGUUUUAUUCCAAGUGUAGUGAUACAUAACAGUAAACUAUAUGAUUUUCAACCUUAAAAGCACCUGCCCAAUUUCUUCCUCUACAAGUCUGUAAUGCCUCAGUUAUUUGGCCCCAGAAUCCUUUAGAAUAUUGGUGAGGUAGACACCUUUGUAGUUUAAACACAUACUGUGCAAAAUUUACAAUUCACACCAUUCUAGUUACUGAAACAUAGUGCUGUACUGUUACCAUAAAGGAUCUGGCUAGCAUGGACUGGAAAGAGGUUUAAACUGCAUUACUUUACUCUGAAAAGCUAGGACCAAUUUGUUUUAAGCAAUUAUGAAAAUGAGAUUUUUGUAGUGUGUUGUAUUGGUGUAUGCCUUUUUCCCAAGCCCUACAGAGGCAGUGUUAUGAGGACGACCUCCAUGAA